GCUGCAAUUGAGCAACAUUCGUAUGUAAACAGGUGAAUUUGGGAUUGUCUGUAAUAACAAUACAAUCGAGGUCAAUAUGCCUGUUUAAUUUUGACACUUUAUGUCGGCAUAAUCUCUGUAGGCUAUAUAUUUCCUAUGGGACUGAAGCUGAGCAUUUCCCCUCUGCCACAAAUAUGCAUUUUAUCCUUUUCCCAAAAAAUAAUGAUCGUUUCUGAAGACUCGACUUUGAGCGCCACUGUGGCCAAAGUGAGAAAAUGCAGUAUUUCUUACAUCAAUAGUGGUGACGAAUAUGGUCUUCUUAGUAACUGGAUUUUUUUUACCAGCCAUUUUAUCCGCGUUUUAGAAGAGGCAUCGGUACAAAUCUUAUAAUAAGCUACUGCAGUUGUAGGCCACAUACAAUGAUUGUUUCACUUAUUUUCUCCAAAAUGACAGAGGCAUUGUGGCGAAAGGGUUGUUUUGAAAAAUACAUCUUCCGUAGCGCUGAUGAUGAGGGCAUCAUGGAAAAAUGAGAACAUUUUAAAGCAUCACCUUGCAAGAUUUCUAUGACCUGUUUUAUUAAUGUUUAUUUUUUAGCAAACAGGCAGUUUGAACCGCAUUUGCAUGACGCCAGGAAUACAGUAAAUGUAGAAAAUGUGCAGCAACAGCGAGAUUGACUGCCAAGAGCUCUCUAAAAUGUCCGACGAGGACUUGUUAUCAUUCUGCAAAAAAGACAUCUUGGCCCGUUUACGCAAAGAGGAGGCCAAGAAGAUGACAGCCCUCAUACAGCGAGGACGAUUAAUUAAAGAGGUUAAUAAACAGCUACAGGAGCAUUUAAACGAAAUCAGGGAACUCAAAGUAGUCAAUAACAGGCUUCAGGAGGAGAACCAAGAACUGCGAGAAUUAUGUAGUUUCUUGGAUGACGACCGAAUGAAAGUAAAAACACUUUCGCGAGAGUGGCAACUUUUUGGACACCACGCCGCAAAAGUGAUGCGCAAGGACUUGGGUGGACAUCUGAAAAAGCUGGCUGAUUUGGAACGGGUGCAAGACGGAUUGGUAAAGGAGAAUUUUGAUCUCAAGGAACUGUGUCUUGUUCUGGAGGAGGGUUUGUGUGUCAACAGAGGAGAUUCCAGUCCUGGCGGCUCGUCCGAGUUGAGUUUACAGUAUUUGGUUGCCCGGGACAUUGGAGACGGAAGUUCCAGCACUGGGAGCAUCGGUAGUCCAGAUCCUCUACUUCUAGUGUGUUCUCCAGAAUAAUGUGAGAGUGUCAACAAGCUCCUUCAGACAAAUGUAGCAUGUUGUUAAGUUCACUUCAGGGCAAAUAUGACUAGGUUCUUUGCUAUUUAAUAGUCUCCUGAACAUAUUAUCGCGUACAUGAUGUAACGGGAGCUGACCAUGGUGCUGAAAUAAGACAUUUUGUCUAUCCACAGUACAUCCCUGGCUGCUUCAUCUCUUGUUUCAUAUUGACUGUACAUUGGAGUAUUUUACAUUAGUCAGUUUCUAUAAUUACGUUGCAUUGCACAUUCCCUAAUACAGUUCUAUGUAUUCCAGCCGUUUAUUACCCCACCAUUCAAUAAUACAGUACACUUCUUCAUCUGCAUAUAAAAUCAUUAUCUAUCAAUCUCUGUAGCCUGUUUAGCUAUUUAUGUUGUAUACUCCAUUCAUAGCCUGAUUUCUGUAUUUCUAAGACCUAAUAAUGCACUGAAUUGUCCAAACUAUUAGACUUAAUUGUGAAGUGUAUAUCCUGUUUUGAUUAAAAUAGUAUGCGGAUG